AAGCGCCCGUGACAUCCCGGCAGCCCGCUAGGUUUUCGCUGCGGCCCAUACCUGAGGCCUGGACCAGACAGACCGGGGCCCAGUUUCAGGGUAGGACCUCAGAUUCCUUUCACUGUCUUCAUGAGCAAGCCAGAGUUUGAAGAGCCAGACUGCCAGGUUUUGGCCAAGCAAGAGUCCGAGCAUCAAGUCUGGCCUGAGGACAGACACACAGACCAAGUGACUGCUCAAAAGAACAGUUCAUAUGCCCAUGGCUACAAUAAGAAAUUACUCUUGGUGGACCUGAUCUGCAUCCUUCUGGUCUUCAUUCCCUUCUUCCUGUGUGAGGCAAAUAUCAUAGACCCCAUCCAUGUUGGCUUCUUCUGCGAAGACAGUAGCAUCAAAUACCCACUAAAAGUUCCGACCAUUGACAAAACAAUCCUCGCCUGCACCGGCCUUUUCAUCUCCAUCACCUCUAUCAUCCUGGGAGAAUUACAGUGGUUACGCUUUCAGGAACUGACCUCACCAGUGCUGCUGAGCAGCACCUACAUGACCAUGCUCUAUAGAGAGCUGAGUGCCUUCUUCUUUGGAGUCGCUGUGAAUCAGUCUUUCACCAGUAUUUUCAAGAUUGUCACAGGUCGCCUUCGCCCCAACUUCCUGGAUGUGUGCCAGCCAGCCUACUUGCAAUGCAGCAUUGGCUAUAUCACCAACUAUAGCUGUACUGGGGACCCAAUUGAAGUAUCCAGGGCCAGGAAAUCCUUCUUUUCUGGUCAUGCUGCCUUCUCUAUGUACUGUGUGAUCUAUCUGAUGCUCUACCUGCAGGCUCGAAUGAUUUGGAAGGGGUCCAAAUGGCUCCGGCUCAUGCUUCAAACUAUCCUUAUACCCUUGCCCUUGGUGGUGGGCUACAUUGGAGUUCAAAAUUAUUGGCAUCAUCUUUCAGACAUAUUCGCUGGCCUUUUACAGGGGCUGAUCACAGCCUUGUGGGUGGUCUUCUUUAUCUCGGAUAUAUUUUCUUCUGAAAAGUGCUUGUCUUCAGGCUCUUCCUCCUGCUCUGAAAACCAGGCUUCAAAUGAACAGACUAGUUGCUAAUCUUGGGGUCCCUCAACCCCCAGCAGUCCAUCAGCCACAGGAAGCUUGGUGUUCUCCCACCACUACAUCCUAUUGCCCCCUCUCUUCUUUCCUACCUCCCCAAACAUUUUCAAUAUUGUUUGAAGAUCAUGGGUCAACAAAUGCAAACUCUACUCUUUCACAAAAGUCCUCAACACAACCUGAAGAUACCAAGUGACUGGAAGGAAUAAGGCAAUAGGAAAUCCCACCUUCACCUUCAUGAGCAAUACUCAGCUAUAAAACUGUAAAGCAGGGGUCCUCAAACUAUGGCCUGCGGGGCAGAUGUGGCAGCUGAGGAAGUUUAUCCCCCCUCACCCAGGGCUAUGAAGUUUAUUUAAAGGACCACAAAACAAAAGUUUUUGUUUUUACUAUAGUCUGGCCCUCUAACAGUCUGAGGGACAGUGAACUGGCCCCCUAUUUAAAAAGUUUGAGAACCCCUAAAGUAAACUACUUCAUAUGGUUGUAAAACAGUAUGGGAAGGAGUAGCCUUCUUCAGGCUAUUUUAACAGGAAGCUGGCCCUUCCCUGAGGGGCUUAAAACAAAAAAUCCCACCUCAAAUUGGCUCUUUUCAUGCCCUCUGUUCAUGAUAAGGAGGGAUGUGUCCAAGAACUUAAUGAUCACCAUUCAGGAAGCAUCCUCCCUCUCAGUCUUUAGCCUUGAGACUUCCUGAUGUUCUGCAACAAUGUAACAUGAAUAUUAUUUUACAAUAAAUGGUUCACUUAGUGGUUGAGGGUGAGAUACUUCUAAGGGACCUGUAGCAAUACAGAUAUUGAAUGAGGGAGGGGGAUGGUGAAGCUCCACACAUUCUGCCCCAAGUAAAAAGUUCCAAGCUGGGAAUAAGGAAACCUGAGUUUUCAACCUAGCACUCCCAUUAAGUCACUGUGUGAUAUUAGCUAAGUCUCUUCCCCUUUCUGGAUCUCAAUUUCUCUAUCUGUAAAAAGUAAAAUGAUCUUUAAUGACUCUUUAGGCCCUGUCCAAAAGCAAAGCAAAUUUCUUUAUUCCAGAGAUCUAGGAUCACACAUGAAGCCUCCUCGACUAAGGUUUGGGCUGGGGGGAAAAGCUCCCCAGCUUGGGGAGAAACCCAAUCAGGCUGGAGCCUCUGGAGUACAAGGGAUUUGCAGUCACUGCCAGGGAGGAGGGGACCGUACAGAGAGAUGGGGAGAAGGUAGAUUCUUAGCAUGGAUGGCACUCCAAGUAGGAGCAAAUAGCCUGGAAGCCACCAUAUGUCGCAUGUAUAUUGGUUCUCCGACUCCCAACACCCAAGAGAGGCUUAUUGCGGCAUGCAGUCCCGAGACUGACUGUGGGACUCCUUUCGGAAUGUGCAGAGCCCAUCCCCCCCCAUCCCCAUCCCCACUACCACCGGCCCCGGAGCAGCAGAACAAAGGCAGGGCCCAGCCUGCCUCGCCACUGCGCUGGAGAUGGGGGGGAGAGGAUAACAUUAACUCCUCCCCAGCCGGAGUCGGGGCCUCCGACACUGGUGAUUGGGAAAGCUGUGAUCCUCGUAAAAUCCUGCGCACGCUAGCCUGGCCUCCGCCCCCCACUCCAUCCAGGGAGCCUUUACGCCAAACCUAUCUCCACGGCUCUGGCUCCCCAAACUCAUACACCUUGAAGCUCAGAUCCUUCCAAUCCAAACUGCGCCUCACUUGUAAACAGCAGCGCGCGGGGACCAAAGCUCUA